GUGGGGGGGGGGGCACGCGCGGCCUGCGGUUGUCAUGGAGCCCGACCCCAAGAGCGGCUACGUGCUGAGCAGCCUCGCCGAGGUGGUGGAGCGGAUCCUCGGCUUCCUGCCCACCAAGGCCCUCCUGCGGGCGGCCUGCGUGUGCCAGCUAUGGCGGGAAUGUUCCCGCAGAAUCCUGCGAACACAGCAGGGUAUCACCUGGGUCUCUGCCCUGGAGCCAGACCCAUCCAACAGUCACGUUCUGGUCCACGUGUUAGCAGAAGACAUUGAGAAAGUUCAAGUCCUCCCCCAGACAGUGUUAUAUAUGAUAUCAGAUGCAGAGACGUUCAGUGAAAACAGAGAGAUUUCUGGCAAUAGUCUGAAGAAAGCACGGCGAAGAUACAGUAAAGAAAUCGCGUCCGCCUUGGAAAAACUGCUCCCCACACGAUGCCAGGUGCUUGGUCUCGCGACACCUGGAGUUGUAGUUACCCCCAAAGGCUCCGGCAGCCAUCGUCCCUUGGAGGUUGAAGAAGGAGAGGCCGGCUUCGCCCUGCUCUUCCCCAAAAUCGAUGGGGUGAAGAUUCAGACCUUCCAUUUUUUUAAAGACCCAAAGAGCCAAGGCAUCGACGAAGGACAGUUUGCUGAAGCAGGUCUUAAGAACAACCCCGACCUCAGAGCCGUGCUUCUCUUCGGAUACAACAGCUGGAAGACGGGAUCGCCACGAUUCUUCCGCCAAAUUGUCAAUCGCCUGAACGAAAAAAGCAUCAUCUUAGCGGGUGGAUACGUAGACAGCAUUACGUCCCUGACUUGUCACACCCAGCCUGCCGAGUCGUGUGGCGUGGUCAGCCUGGCGUUCAGCGGUGCCCAGAUCCAGUGCGCCUCCGUCCUGCUGGACCAGGACGUCACGGACGAGAAGUUAGCCGAAGCGGCCAUGCGGCGCCUGAAGGCGGCCAACAUCCCUGAGCGCCACAGCCUGGCCUUCAUGUUCGCCUGCGUGGGCAGGGGGCGCCAGCAUUACCAGAACAAAGUGAACCUGGAGGCCGACACUUUCCGGAAGUUCUUCCCGGCCGUGCCGCUGUUCGGUUUCUUCGGGCACGGGGAGAUCGGCUGCGACCGAAUCGUGACGGGGAAUUUCGUCCUCCGGGAAUGUCGCGAGGCCAAGGACAACCUCCUGCACAGCUACACCACGGUGGUGAUGCUUCUGCACUUUGGUUCGGCUAAAGGCAAUCAAGCUUAAACAUCUCUCUCCUCUCCCUUUCUCUCUCUCUCUCUCUCUCUCUUUUCUCUUCUGCCAUUGUGCGGUUGUCGCUAGGCUGCAACGAGUGGCGAGGAGCGGGCCAUUCUGGGCACGCCGUUCAGAGUCCCUCCCGAAACAAACAAGGAAAGCGGCCCCGUCGACUUUAGGCCUCCCUGAUGACGUGAUCUUAAAUUCGGGGAAGAAAAAGAUGAGUUUUUUAAUUCCCCCUUUUCUGAAACAGAAAGUGCUUCGUAUCCAUACGGUUAGAUUUUUUUUUUUACUUCAUUCCAGCAGUUGCAAAUGAUGGUGGUUUAAGCAUCACCAGUGCUUUCGUACUGGGGGGGGGGGGGAAUAUCCUUUCCCCCCCCUUGCUGUUAGUGGAUUACAGAACAAGUCAGCCCAUGAACUAAGCCUGUCUUAAGCUAAGCCUGUUAUUGUUUGUCUCUGGCAGUGCAAAGUUUCAGGUCUGAACUGAGCUCUUUAAAUCAUCUGUUAAGGGGCAAAGGGGCCCAUGGAGGCCUAGUCAAAUUUGAAACCACGUUUGCACUUGAAUAUUCAUCGUUUUGGUCCAGAGAGGAUUCGAUGGUCUGAAUUCUUGGGCUUAUCUUGGUAAAACACUGGAAGUUGGGCCAUCUUGUUCACUAGCUAGUUUAUAUUUUAUAUAUAUAUAUUGUACUAGUUGCCUGCUUUUUAAUCGCUUUGGUUGUAGGAAAAUAUCCCUUGGGGUUCUUAAAUAUAUGGAGGAACCUCACGAUUUGUCUGAUUUGGUUUGAAUUCUGCUGUUGAGUGUUUUAAAUAUGAAUUCUUGGGAUCUGGAACUGUCUAAACGACAACAGUCUGAAAGCAUACACUAAUAAGGUUUUCUUCCUGUGC